CAUGUCCCGGAAAUAUGAACCGCUGUUAAAUAUCUGCUGAGAAAUAAAGCUGUGGAAGAUUUGAGUUUUUACUGAAACUGAGCUUGAAAGAUCAUCAGCAUGGACAUCUCUGAUGAAGCUGAUGACUGGUUUAUCGAGUCUCUUAUCACAUACAAAGACCUGCAUGUAUUUCACCUCGAGCAUCCGACAAAAGUAAUAGAGUGGACGGGUGACAAAAGUAUUUGUGUCGCAGGAUGCACUAGCUCAAGGAGUGAAAUCUUAGAGUUACUUCUGCCUCUAAAGUUAUAUGCAGGAGACAACCAGGGUCUUUGUGCAGAGCGAGACUUCAAAGUUCUGCAUGGUGGAUUUUCAGAAGAACCUGUUGAGUGUUUGAUACAUAUCCCUGGAACACGGUGUGUGGUGACCAGUGGAAGUUCAAGUUCAAAGUUGCAUAUUUGGGAUAUUGGAGGAGAUGAAAGUGAUGUUAUAAAAAGGACUGGUGUUAUAAACCCUAAAAGCACAUCAGCAAAAUGCAGUAAAAUAGCUCCUGGAUUGACUGAAGAAGCCACAGUCCUUCAUGGUUCUUGUAUCAGUGAUGUUCAGCUGACACAGAUAGCAACAGGAAGAGUUCUGUAUACAGUAGGAAACAAGUCAUCAGAUUCAGUGAGUGGCUUACAGUUUGUGAAUCCUUGUGUAUUUCUAAUUUGUGCAAGCAAUGGCUCUCUGCUUUUGGGUGACACAAGAGAUCCCUUGACCAGUCAUUAUCCUUUGAAAGAGAAAGAGACAAGUGAUGGUUUGCACUGGUGUUUUGGGAUGAGGAGGAACAACUUCCAGUCAGAACCGUCCUCUUGUACUAUAGCAAGGCUCUCUUCCUCCGGUCACAUGGUGGUGUCUGAUCUAAGAGAUUUACAGAGUCCAUUUUGUCGAACUCUACUAAAUGUCAAACAUAGUGCACCAAACAAUGACUUUCUGAAUGUUUCUUGGGCUCCAGUUCUCGACAGCUGUCUUUCUGUGUCUGGAUUUGAUGGGACUGUACAGCUCUAUAACACAACAAACUGGAGCACAGAUGCACAGGACCCUCAGCCGAUUUUUUCACACCAAGGUCAUGAAAUGUCAUAUGAAGCAAAGUACAGUAGUUCCCAGCCUGUGGUUACUACCCAUGCUUGGCAUCAAUCGCGACCAAAUACUCUUCUCUCAGCAGCUACAGAUGGAUCUAUACAUGUUUGGGACUGGGUGGGCAAAAACACUGACAGAUAAGAAUGUGUUGAGAUUCCUUAGAAAGGACAAAAAUAUUGUAUGCAAUGAUGAAUACUCUUUAUUCAGUUUUAAAAGGAGCAAAUCUUCAUGUCUUUUAUUCAUGAUUUCAGGACAUAAUGUAAUUAAAAAAUGUAACAUACUGUCCUUCUUAGUCUUUGACAAUGACUGU